AUGAGGAACAAAUACAAGUCAUCGCAUAUAGAUUUCGACAGAGAAGAGCUGUAUGAAUCUGAGGAGGACAAAAGAGCAUUGCUAGAGAUGCCGGAAACAAAGCGGGAGGAGAUACUGUAUAAAAGGCAUGUUGAGCUCCAGAAAUUCAAGGAAAAAAAAGAGUUGGAGGAAAAGACGAUGGGACUGAAGACGAAUGCACCCCCAAUUUCCAAGGAGGACACCCACGAUGCAGACGACUUUCUAGAGUUUUCUCAGUGCAUAGUAAGCAGAGACAUGAUUGCAAGAAAUGUGUUCAAGCCGUUCUUUGACAAUUUUAUUGGACACUUCACAAGAGCUAGGAUCAAUGGGUUGUAUAUUGUUGUUAAGAUAGUUGGUAUAGGAAAGGGAGAUGUAUAUAGCCUUAGGAUUGAUAGAAAGGAGAUAAGAACAAACAGGUAUUUGGAGGUAUCUUCGGGAACUAGAACAUACAAGAACUUCAGAAUAGAAAACAUUAGCAACUCACCUCUACUCAGAGAGGAGUAUGAAGAUGUAUGGAGGUUCUUCAAGAUAGGCUCAAUAUCCAAGAUUAGAGAGGACUAUGAGAAGCUUGCAAAGAAUAUGAACAGGAGGCUCAGUGACGAAGAAAUAAGCAAGAUGGUAGCAUGCAAGGACGAGGUAUAUCCAAAGAGAAGAGGGAUUACUCACCUCAAGAUAGAGCUAAUCCAAAAGAGAGAUAGGGCGAUAGAGCUUAAAGACAAAAAGGCAGCGAUGGAGUACCAGAAGAAGAUCGAGGAGAUUGAGGACAAUGAGAGAGAAGAGGGGUAG